AUGACGACGAAAGAGCGCCUGCGUUAUCUGGCCGACGUCUUGUUGCCCGCGCGGCUGAACAUCCUAGGCGACUUCCUGGCCCGUUUUGACGCUCUGAUCUGGGCACAACUGGAAUCUUGGGAGUACAAACACUUGAGGUGGUCCGUGAAGGAGCAGCAGCGCUAUCGUGAUCAGAUGGUUUCUGGCAUCAUCCACUUGACAGAGUUGAAGACUACAGAGCUGGAUCUUCAUGUUAGGUCCAACCAUCCGCCUCUUCAACACACUAUUCGCCACGUUGAGCAAGAUGGCGACACUUCCGAAGGCAAUGCUGCAGUUGAUGCCACAUUAGAAGAUUCUCAGGGAGUGCGCCCACCUAGCGUGCAUGGCUCACCCGAAGAGGAUGCGAUUUGCGCACCAUCCGAUGCUGCGAUCACGGAAGAAGGAAUCAAAUCUGCCCUUCAUGCUUCCACUCCAUCCUUGGACGAGGCACAGCUUGAUGGCGGCUUUUCCCCCUUCGAGGAAAGCGACCAGUCACAAACAACCGACUGCGAGCCAAGUCCACAACUGUCCGAAGCAACCAUCGUAACGUUUGAGCUGGAAAGCUUCGAGAAGGAGUGUGUCGACGUCGAAAGAGCAGUGACUAGGGGUGUUUUCUUGGAAGAGCCGGAGGGACGAGUGCAAGCAAAUGUCAUCCGUCUGCCCACUACAAUGCCAUGGGACUUCAACGCGGCAGGAAAAGCAUUGACCCGAGCUCCUGCCAAACCGAAACACGACAUGCGGCGUAUCGCGUCGACUUCCAAGCUCCAGUCGAUGCUGCGGAGUAUAGACAAAAUCCUCGGUGACUUUCAUAAACCCGGUAUCGUCAAUGAGGACCCAAUCUUUCAGGAAAGCCGCCUUCGACCGGUACCGAGCAAGGAGCGAGACGUGCCAGAGUUAGCGAAAUCGAACAUGGAUGAGGAAUGUGGUUUAGCCGCGACCGGCGGUACGAUGCAGGACAAGGAGCGAAGGUCGGAUGCUGCAUGCGCUCCCGAAACGGGCGUAUCGACACCUAACUAUCGAACGCUUCGCAUAGCGACGGAGUUGACCGAUGUUGCAAAGCAGAGAAAAACCUUCACGCGCAGAAACAAACAACGACGGCCGGUGAGCAAGAAGAAAGCCGAGAUGCACGAGGUCGGUGCUGCGUGGAGGAGAUAA